AUGAGAUUUAUCCGAAAGUUAUCCCUUAGCACUCUUGCCGUAGCUGCGAGAGCAUCAACCCAGGAUGUCUUCGAGCCGGCCGACUUCAAUGUGACGGAGGCCCUUAUGAACAACGGCGUCAAUGUACCCGGCAUACCUGAGCUAGCUGGCCUUGUGGUGAGAUCUUCAUCCAAGGGCUGUUUGAUAGCCUGCAACUCUCUUAAGCUCGUCUUUGGAGCUAACAAAACAUUUGACAAUGCUCCGACAACGUACUGGUCGAUACAGCAACUCGAGGUGGAGCCCUAUUGCACGUUCACGCCAACUGCCGCUCUUGAAGUCUCGAGCCUAGUCCUGAUUGCACGUCUUACACAAUGCCCUUUUGCCAUCAAGAGCGGAGGUCAUGCAGCCUUUCCUGGUGCUUCUAGCAUCGAGGGUGGCAUCACUAUCGAUAUGGUCAAUAUGAACCAGAAAAAGCUCUCUGCGGAUAAGACAUUUGUUGCUGUCGGCCCUGGCAACCGGUGGAAGGAGGUUUAUGAUUACCUGACACCGUACAAUCUUGCCAUUGUUGGCGGACGAGCGGCAUAUGUUGGAGUAGGUGGUCUUACACUUGGCGGAGGUAUCAGUCACCAUACUAAUGAGUAUGGCCUGGCGUGUGAUAAUAUUACCUCGUUCGAACUGGUUACCGCGUCAGGUGUCAUCCUCACAGUGAGCCAAAAGACCUUUCCAGACCUAUACUGGGCUCUUCGCGGCGGAGGCAACAACUUCGGCAUCAUUACGACCUUUAACUACGAGACCCUGCCUCAAGGCCUUAUGUUUGCGAGCAAACGCCAGUACAAUGCGACCUACGCACCCGCCCUGUUCGACGCAUUUGGAAAUGCAGUGAAGGCUGCUGAGACCGACACCAAACUUGCGCACUUCGUUGCCGUCGCAUACUCUCGUGGUGUCAAGAUCGCAUCCACCGAGUAUGAGUACUUUGACCCGAUCGACCCAGCGAACCCACCCGCGAUACUGAACGAGUACCUCUCGCUUCCUCCACUCACGGAUAACACACGCAACUGCAGUCUAGCUGAUACAACACCGGGGCUGAGCCAAAGUAUGCCAGACGGCUUCCGGACGACUAUGUGGUCUCAGUCUUUCAAGCUGAACACAGACUUAAUGAAGCGCAUGACUGACCAUCUCUUCGAGAUUGCACCGAAUAUCCCCGUUGGUGCGCCCAGCGUCUCGUUCCAAGCGUUCAGCAAGCCCGCCCUCAAGGCUAUGCAGAAAAAGGGCGGCAAUGCUCUUGGCCUCCAUCCCGGAAAUGGUCCUCUAUUUCAUGCUCUCUUUUACCUCUCAUGGACUGACGAGAAGGACGACAAGGUCGUCUUGAAAGCGGCGCAAGAUUUCCUAAGUGCAUCGGUUGCUAUGGCAAAAGAGCUUGGUGCAUACAAUGACUAUAUGUACAUGCCGUACAGUAGCCCUUACCAGCCAGUCAUCUCAGGAUAUGGCUUGGAAAAUGUAGCCAAGCUGAACAAGGUGUCGAGAAAAUACGACCCUGCGGGUAUAUUCCAAAAGCUGCAGCCGGGAUACUUCAAACUCGACGGAACUGCGCCUUAUGGCCAGGUCGUGUAA